GUUUUCAAAGCUCCAUGGAAGCAGUCGGGGCACUCGCAAGCAUAAUUGGAGUUGCCGGCGCCGGCGCCAAGCUAUCCAUCGUACUGUUUGAAUUCGCUUCAACAGUCGGCUCAGCAGGGGAGGAAGUCAGACAAAUCGGCAUCGAGAUAUCCCUCUUCUGCUCUGUCUUGAAGCAAUUGCAAUCAACUCUCACCAAAGCUAAAGCCUAUCGAUACUCUCUGAGUGCUAUCGAGACCACGCAAGAAAUUUUGGACAGGUGUCAGGAGGUAUUUAAGGAGAUCGAGGGAAUUGUCAAUGGCUUGCGAAAACGAGGCGGGGAGCGCUCUCCUGAAGCGACGCGAGACUUGAUAGCUCGUGUGAAAUGGACAUUCAAGCGCUCGCAGGUCCAGCUGUUGCGGUCCACUUUGGAAUCAUGCAAGGUUACUUUGCAUAUAAUGUUAUCGACGUUGGAGUUUGCUCAAAGAAUCGCUAGCCGCAGGAUCUCGACAAUCGAAACCCAGGUCGAGGACGAGCACGAAGCCACCAUGACUCGCAGUCUGAUUAUUGCGCAUCAGUGCACUGUCGAUACUCUCCAAAGACUAGAGGAUGAAGAAGUCCAGCAAUUACCUACCGAGAGCGAUCCACUCUCUCCUCCAUUGACUCCUGGACCAUCUUCCAUUAGCAGAGUUUUGAGAGCCCCAGUAGGACACAAACCGUCUCGAUCAAUAGAUAAGAGAACCUUCCGAUCCCCAUUAUAUGCGGGAGACUCUGAUAGGAAAAGAGUUUCCGUUUGGAUCAACGACCUGAUCUUUGACAAAAGUCCACUUCCCCUUGGAUUUCGCCGGCAAACUUGGGGCGAGGCAGAAUGUGCUAUGUUUUUAGACCAGCAGCCUUAUUACUUUCUUCGGAAGUGGACAGAUCAAGGAGAGCAUCUAGCUCAUACCGUGACGUUCGAGCUGGGGAGAUUGUAUCCAAAUACCAACGAGUAUGGGAGAGACCUCGGAAGCGUCAUGGACAACCGGCCACUCCUAGCCAACGAUUCUGAAGCAACGGAGCCGAAGAGCAUCAAUUUAUCAUCUACUGAAAGUGGUGGAACGGUUGAAAUCUUCAAAAGCUUUCGAGUUUCGAUAGGAGACCCAUGCUUUAAAGUCUUACCUGCGGCAUUGAAGAAGUACAACAUUUCUGGCGAUCCGGAGAAUUACGCUCUACAUAUUGUAUACAGUGAAGGGGAGAGAUGCCUAGGGACGGACGAGAAGCCACUUGCACUGUUCAAACAACUCAGCGAAGAAGGGAAGAAUCCUGUGUUUAUGUUAAGGAAG